AUGCAGAAAUUGCCCGAGCUCGGACACCUCCACCAAGCUAUUGAGAGUCUACGUGCGGAAAACAAGACAGCCAACGAGAGCAACAUCCGCGAAUCGAGAACCAUCAGGAUUGCUAUGCAGCAGAAUACGGUCGAACUGAAGGAAAACACCAACACAACGCGCGCAGCCAGCGCGGCUGCCAAGGAGGCUUGGAAAGCCAGCGAGCUGGCGGUCAAGGUCGUGAAGGAUAUCAAAGCACUAGAGCCGAUGAAUCAGGGGAACACCGGGCAGUCAUAUGCCAGCGUAGCCGCCCGAGGAGGACUUGCAGGGAGCAUGCAUAACCCCUGGAACUAG